CCCGUCCGCAGGUGCACGGUCCUCGGCGUCCACCUCCGAGCUGCCCGCGACCGCUGGCACUUGGACGGCGGCGGCAGAGCAAGCCCGUGUUGAAAUUUCCUGUGUAACUGUCUGUGCUCUGCGGAGGAGCUGCUGGGACUCUGCAGCCCGCGGCAGCUGCACCCGCGCCGUAUCCCUGCCCACCACCGGUGCCACGCCUGGGCGGGGGGGCCUCCUCCGCUCCGCUCCCCUCCCCUCCCCGCCCGGCUGGGCGCGGUCAGGAGGAUGUGGGGUGCGCGGGGCGACCGAGCCUCUGGUUUUCUUAGGGGCAGCGAGGGAGGAGGAGGAGUAUAGGGACCGAGGCUUACAGCAGGCGUUGAUCGGACGCUGCAUUCCCAGGCAAAACAGAUUCCUUUUUUUUGUGUGUGUUUUUUUUCUUAAGUUAAAAAAGAGCUUAAAAAAAUCUGCUAACGGAACACAUUUCCUUUUGCGCUGUGGAUGCGUGAGGGUUGCGACAUCUCUCAGUCUGCAGGCGGCAGGCGGGGGCAUCCGGCGGCUCGGCUCCGCUCAUCCGCAGCGAGCUUGGCGCUGGCCCGGUGCAACCUCAGGCCCCGGGCGCGGGACCCACCCGGGUCUCCCGCGGGCACGGGGCGCCAGGCGACCUCGCAGAGGGUGUGUCUGCGCUCGGCAGCGAGGCAGCCCGUGUUUGCAGAGGUCGUUUUCAACAACGAAAAACCCAGAGCCCGGUGGGGUCCCGUACACACCUGUCAUCCCAGCACUGGGAGGCUGAGGCAGGAGAGUCUACUGUGAACUGGACAACAGCUUGGGCCGCAGAGCAAUACCUGGUCACAGUAAGAUAAAAUAGGCCGGGUGUAGUGGUGCACGCCUGUAAUCUCAGCACUCAGGAGGCUGAGGCAGGAGGAUCA